CCCCCGGACUCUUCAAACCAAUGGACCCUCUACUUCCGUUGGUGCGACAGUUGACGCAGUGGUUACUUCCUGUGAGUUGAUUCUUCACCAUGAGUUCAGACGCGCUCCUGCUGCUGGAGACGGUUCAUUUCUCUGCAGAGAAACAUCGCAACCAGCGACGUAAAGAUGCGGAUGAAACUCCGUAUAUCAACCAUCCCAUCGGUACGUCCUCUACCGCCGUGACUUCAGGAGUAGCAAGAAUCCUGAGCCAUGAAGGAGGCAUCACAGACGUUGAGGUUUUGCAGGCUGCUCUGCUUCAUGACACCGUGGAGGACACUGACACCACGCACGCCGAGCUCGAGAACAAGUUUGGAUCGACCGUGGCUCAUAUCGUCCAGGAGGUGACUGACGACAAGAGUCUACCCAAACAGGAGAGGAAGCGUCUGCAGGUGGAACACGCGGCUCAUUGCAGUCGUCAGGCCAAACUGGUCAAACUGGCUGAUAAACUGUACAACCUGAGGGACCUGAACCGCUGCACACCUGUUGGACAGCGGCGCGGGUGCAGGAGUAUUUUGAUUGGUCCUCAGAAGUGGUUAAAGGCCUGAGAGGGACAAGCUCGGUUCUGGAGGAGAAGCUGGACGAGCUGUUCACACACAGACGAGUCUCAACAACCUGACUGAAAACUGAACAAUUCCCUCCCAAAUACAUUCAAACUUCAUUAAUUAAAAAAAUGGAAAUAAAUCUUAAUUUCUUA